AUGUCGAGCGAAGAAGUGGAGGCGAUCCAAGAGGAACUAGCGAUCGUCAGGGCGUCGAUCGAGUCCUUACAAGAAACCGAGAAGGCAUUAGCCAGCAGACUCCAGACACUCCUAGAUGGAGGAACUGGUCACGAGGAUGCAGGCAAUUAUGUUCUGAGCGACGACCUCGAAGUACCUCAAGAAAAAUCGAGAAGGCUCAACAAGCAGCUAAUCGACUUCACAUCCGCCUUUCAACCCUCGAGCUCCGAUCAAGAAAAACUACCCUGGUCCUGGACACAAGCCUUGCAUGAGACCAUGAAGAAGAUCUGGGGAAUCGAGAGCUUCAGGUUAAAUCAGGAAGCGGUGUGCAAUGCGGUCUUAUCGAACAGGGAUGUCCUAGUGAUCAUGCCGACCGGCGGUGGAAAAAGUUUGACAUACCAGCUUCCAGCCGUACUCUCAGAAGGGACGAGCCUAGUGAUUUCGCCGCUAGUCGCCCUCAUGGCCGACCAAAACAUGCAUCUCAAAGAGGCGGGUGUCCCAGCAGAGAUGUUGAAUGCUUCGACAAGCCGUCAAGAUGCUGCUCUAAUCAUGAAACGAUUGCUUCAUUCAGUGGUCGACCAGAAACCGAAGCGUGGCUCGAAAUCCAGCAAGGGAAAGGAAAAGGCUCAUGAGGAUGAUCUGGCUCCCAUCAAGUUAUGCUAUGUAACUCCGGAAAAAAUCGCGAAAUCGAAGACGUUUGUCUCCACAUUACAAAAGAUGUAUGGAGCGGGACGACUUUCGAGGGUGAUCAUUGACGAGGCGCAUUGUUGUUCAUCAAUGGGGCACGACUUCAGGCCAGAUUACAAACAGCUCUCGAUCCUAAAAACUCUCUUUCCUGAUACUCCAAUCGUCGCAUUAACCGCGACCUGUCCACCUCGCGUCAUGGUCGAUGUGCUCAAGAUCCUCAAGCUGGGACCGAUCACGAAUGCUGAUAAAGCUAGACCGACUGGGACGGUCCUUUUCACAUCACCAUUAAGUCGACCAAACCUUCAUUACCAAGUGUUAAAAAAACCUGCGACCAACACCGACCUGAUCGACCAAAUUGUGGAAUGGAUCGAGCAAAAUCAUUCUGGUUCUCAGGGCAUCAUCUACACUCUAUCGCAAAAGGAUACCACCACAGUCGCUCAAGGAUUAAUUUCUCAAAGCAAUGGCCGAAUCACUACCGGGAUCUAUCAUGCCAGUUUGUCCGACUCUCAUAAACAUCAAGUUCAUACUGAUUGGAGAGAAGGUUCUAUACAAGUUGUUUGUGCUACGACGGCGUUCGGGAUGGGUAUCGACGCGCCUCAUGUUCGAUUUGUGAUUCACCAUACACUUCCGAAGAGUAUGGAGGGCUAUUACCAAGAAUCCGGUCGGGCUGGUCGUGACGGCCAAGUCUCAGAUUGUUUGCUUUUCUGGAAAACGUCGGACCUGCUUAGGUUAUCAGGAAUGGUAGCCUCGGAGGUCGAUGGAAUCCCAAAACUUUACUCGAUGACCAAAUACGCCACCGAACUAGAGCGAUGUCGGAGUCUACUCUUUGCAGAAUACUUCAAUACCUCCCACUCGGGCGCGGAUAGUGUGCUUCCAUUCUCCCAAGAAGCGUGCGGAAAUUGCGACAAUUGCAAGCGAGAUCCUUCGGAAAUCAAGCAAGAAGAUUUGAGCGUGGAGGCUCUGAAGAUCUGCGAUGUGGUGGGAUAUGUGAACAAGAUGGGUGGGCGAGUGACCUUGGUUCAGUUGGGAGAUCUCGUGCGUGGGAUCGGGACCCCAAUGUCUACUAUCAUUAGCAAUUCUCAAGCCAGGAAGGAUGUCGAUGAUUUCCUUGCUGAUGUUCCUGCUGGAAUACCCGUACCGGAUUUGAGUGAAGGGAAAGUCUUGCUGAAGAAAGAGCAAGUAGAAAAUUUGAUCCUCGCCUUACUUUUACGCGGUUAUCUGCAAGAACAGUUUGUUGCCACUGCUUACACUGUAAAUAGUUACAUCAAACUGGGGCCAAAAUCUCGAGUUCUGCUCACGAGUCGAGACGCGAUCAGUUCAGGAAAAGCGCUCCCAAGUAACGUCAAAGUUCUGAUUGCAUCCUCCUCAUCAACAACAGCAAGAACAGCAAGAACAAACCGCAAAACGUCAACAACGGGUGCUAAACCGAGGGCCAAGAAAGCAGCUCCCAAGAAGCGCAAAGUGGCGGAUGACUCGGACAGUUCGAUCGAAUGUUCGAAGGGUAAACGUGCGGCUAAGGUGGUUGUGUCAGAUGGGGAUGAUAAUAUUUAUAACGAUGAGGAUGGUGAGAGUGGGCUUGAUGAAGAUCAGCCUAUCCUGUCGAACCGUAUCCGGAAACAUCCAUCUAAUCAAGGACCUCAUAAGAAGAUCACUAUGAUUGAAAUCGAUUCAGGAGAUGAAAAAUAAAUGAAUGGCUCGGAUAAAACGGCUGGAGAAUUUUGCUACUUAAUUCAUUGCAGACAUACGCUCCAAGUCUGGAUUGCCGUCUCACAUCUCUUUGUAUUACUAUUGACAUUCUGCAUUCCUUUUUGAGUAGAGUAGGCUUAUGUUUUUCAACAAAUCAAAGAAGAAGAAAGUUAUUACUCCUAUAUGGCUACAACGCCCUUACUACAAAAACAA